CUUUUGGCUGUCGUCACUAAAUUUAGAGCGGACUAAACUGGACAUUCAGAAAGUUAGGUUAGUCUGACGGGCUAUUCAACGUUUUGUUAAUGACGUUCGAUGCGUCUUUGGGAUUACAUUACAAAAAGUGACGCUAUAUCGAGAGCGCCCUCAGUCGACUGGAAUUAUGAUGCGGAAGAGUUCAUCGCAAAAUGGCCACGGUUACUACGAUAAACGGUCUGCUAGGAAAGUUAACAUCGUCACCUGGUGAGAGGGUAGCAACACUAGAAGAACUGCGGACAGCGUUAGGUCUUCUUCACCCGAGGGACUUAGACGACGUUGUGCCAAACCUAUCAUUACAAAUCUUGUUUCAGUGUAUGCAGGAGAAAAACAGGGAUGAAGCUGAAUUGAGUAAAGAAAUUCUGAAGAGAUUGUUCGCAGCCUCCGAUCCGUGCUCUGUGAUAACGCAGUAUAAAGAUGAAAUAUACAGCGGUAUAAAGAGUGAAUCUGUUCAAAUGAAAGAACUCUGCCUCUUGCAGGUCUACCGAUGUGCGUCAACUGAGAAGGGUAGACAAGAGCUGUUGCAGUCAUCAUUAGACAUACUGUACUUGUGUGUGCAGUGUCUAGCAGACAAAGAAAUCAGUGUGGGUAAAGAAGCUGGCAGAGUACUGAAGUGUCUCGGAGAAUCACAAGCCGGAUUAGAAUUCCUCUUUCAAGGAAAUCUACUCGACAAAAUGAAGUCAUUGAUGAAAAUUGAUGAUGUCAUCAGAUACAGAGUAUACGAGGUGGCAGUAGAUAUAUUUCUGACUUCUCCGCAAGCCAUCGUGUACGGUAGCAACUCUGGAAUUAUCACUCAGUUGAUAUCAGAACUAGAAAGAGAUGAUAUACUUAUACAAAUGAACUGUAUUGAAAUGUUGUCUACCAUUGCCAGCUGCCAACAUGGCCUCCAGUAUCUGGACCAACAAGGCAUUGUGGGUAAAGUGGAAUCCAUCAUGGUGGCUGCAGAGAGUGAUCCAUUGGUUGGAUUCCUUAUGCCAGGAUUGAUAAAAUUCUUCGGCAGUAUAGCGAGAUACGAACCAAGUGAAGUGUUUGAGAAACAUCCAUUGUUUGUUCGUACCGUCUUUACUCUGCUAACAAGCUCUGAUCUCACGCAGAAGGGUGUUGCCAUAGAUACUGUGGGAAUUGUGGGAAGUACAGUUGCAGGGAAACUUGUACUCCAUAAACAAGGUAAAAACAUGAUAGAUUGUAUGAGAGUUAUGGGCUCACUUGUACAGCAGCCUCCAACUGAGAUGAGAAUCCGAACACUGGAAUCUAUUGCUGCUUUGCUACAUGUCAAGAAGGCAGAACAGACAGAAGACAUCCUCUCUCUGACCGAAAGAUGGUUUCUUGAAAUAUCCUCAAAACCUAUGGACACAAUGUUUGGACUUUGUAAUCAACCGUUUGGAGAAAUUCGUGGCGGCGCUUUUCUUGUUUUACAAAGUAUAGGAAACCAACCAUGGGGUCAGCGGCAGAUGAACGAUUACCCAGGAUUUACUGAGUACAUUCUGGAUCGUUCCACGGAAAGUGAAAAACUUGGCAAAGAAUUGAAAUUUGACAUUGUAAAAGUAUUAGUUGAAUCUCCUACGACGGCGGACAUAUUUGGACGGCCAUAUUUGCUGCGACUGAAGGAGUAUUUACGAGAAGGGCCGUUUUAUGUUAAGGUCCAAUCAGAGGUAGCUAUGGAAGGUGACGGCUGAAUCAAAUUGACGAUAAUCAAGAAUUUAAUAAAUACAUAUAAAAUCA